AUGAAUAACUGGAGCGCGCCGAUACAGAAUCCAUGGGAGGAGGAGGAGGAAGCGAACAGACCUAUCGAUCUGUCGGGUCAACAGUUGAGAGUGCCGUAUCCACCAGUGAACAUGAUAGCAGGCCCAAUGGUACCUCCGAAUCCGACUUCUGUCUACAUGCUCGACGAGAUGGCAAGAUUGGAGAUGGAACAUCGGCGAAUCGAAACGCGCGCCGAGGAAAUCCAACGAGAACUGAUGAUGAAGGGAGAGGAGAUGAAGCAGGCUGGAAAGAUCUACGAAGGACCCGACAUGAUUCAGCAGAUCCGUGUGAAAGUGCAAAAGGAUUUCGAGUUUGUCAUUGAUGCGAUGAACAAGCUUCAUGAGAUCAAGAACACGCAGCAGAUGAUUUACGAGAAGUCGCAGAAUCUCGCGAGCAUGAUCCAGAAUCGGUACGAGGUGGUGAGACAGCGACUUCUUCACGACAUUCGGAUUCUCGAUAAUGGCGAUCCUGCCACGACACAAGGUUGCCGCGCAGUCCCGUCGCGCUAUUUGCUAGUCAAGUUUACAGCGUAUUCGGCGAGAGAGCACACGCUAGACAAGAUCGCGUCGGCACGCCAUCAGGUCAUAUCGAUCAGAAAAACGAAAAUGUCGAGCUCUGAUUCGUGCAAAAGCUCAUCAUUCGAGCACCUCAGCAUGGACGAUGAAUUUGCCGGAACGGAUAGCUCGACAGUUUUGUGUCGGGAAGUCAAUGGUUUCUGCAUCGACAACGAGAACUGGCACAUUCGACUGGAAGAGCUUGGAAACUUGUGCUCGACGUCGGAGCAAUUCGAGGAGCAGUUCAAAAGGCUCUGCAACCAAAUAGCGAUGGAUGGGAGCAGCAAUAAUGGAAAAGAGAACGUGGACGAGACCGAAUCAGACGUCGAAUCGGUGAGAAACGGCCCAAACGAUCCGAGGGUCUUGCUGAAAGUGGACAAGAUUGUCGCUAGACUCGAGCAGCGAAGGAAAGCUCGAAUUGCAAAAUACGAAGCACAGAUCGCCGCAUUAGAAGACUCAAAUCGGCGCUUAAAAACGAAAGUUGAAAGUCUCGAGGAGCAGUUGCAGAGGUCCGAUCAAAAGAUGGAAGUGACGAACAGAAUGGUGCAGUUCGCAUCGGGAAACAUUCGAAAGAACACUUACAAUGAAGAAAUUCGAUUGAAGGCAAUCGAGUCGAUCGUGAACGCAGCAUUCGAAGAAGUCGUCGAGCUGCGUGUCAACGAGAUUAAUCGAGAGGAUCUGAGCGAGAAGGUGGCCAGUUUAGAGCGAGACAACGCCGAAAUGCAGAAAAAGAUUGACUCGUUAGAGGGUCGACUGAAAAACCUCGAAGAGUUCCUAUCAUUGUAUUAA